AGUAUAUUUCAUUUUUUUAAAUUCAUUAUUACAAUCAGUUCAUUUUAAGUCUUCGUUUGCUGUUUAUUAUAAUAAGUUCUAUUGAUUGCAUGAAGUGUUGAACAAACAAAUAAAGUUCAAAAAUUAAAAUUUGAAAAACACUGUUUGAAUGAUUUAAAGUGACAUUUUUCUGGAAAUACAUUUUUCAAAGAUGUUUCUCAAACUCUUUCUUGGUUUAUUUGCUUUGUUAAUUUCUAUCUGCGAUGCAAAUAGCAUCACACAAGACGUCAGAGUUUGCAUCGGUACAAAUGGUCGGAUGUCAGUACCACCAAAUCGACAGCAUCAUUAUCGUAACUUGCGCGAUCGUUUUACAAAUUGCACACAUGUUGAUGGGAAUUUGGAAUUGACAUGGCUCGACGAUUCAAAAAUGGAUCUCGACUUUUUACAAAAUAUUCGAGAAGUAAGCGGAUAUGUUCUAAUCAGCCAUGUAGAUGCAAAAAAUAUUAUUUUACCACGUUUACAAAUUAUUCGUGGUCGAACUUUAUUCAAAUUAAACACUUUCUACGAGCAAUUUGGCCUAUUCGUUAGCUAUUCAAAAAUGGAUUCUCUAGAAUUACCAGCAUUACGUGAAAUUUCAUCUGGAUCGGUAUUUAUAUUUAAUAACCAGAAUUUAUGCUUCCUUCGAACAAUCAAUUGGGAUGAAAUUAUUACAGGACCGGGAGAAACUUCAAAAUAUAUCUAUAAAUUUACAUUUCCCGAGCCAGUGUGUCCUAAAUGUCAUGCAUCUUGUACGGCUGGAUGUUGGGGUGAAGGAGCCCACAACUGUCAGAAAUUCAGCAAAAUAAAUUGUUCGCCACAAUGUGGUGAGGGUCGGUGCUUUGGUCCAAAUCCACGUGAUUGUUGUCAUUUAUUUUGUGCUGGCGGUUGUACAGGACCAACACAAAAUAAUUGUUUGGCAUGUCGAAACUUUUACGAUGAUGGUGUUUGUAAAGAUGAAUGCCCACCGCUGCUAAAGUAUAAUCUAACCAAGUAUUUAUGGGAAGCAAAUCCGGAGGGAAAAUAUACGUAUGGCGCAACAUGUGUUAGAAAUUGUCCAGAGCAUUUACUUAAAGAUAAUGGAGCCUGCGUAAAAACAUGUUCAAUUAAUAAAAUGGCGAAAAAUGGUGAAUGUGUCACUUGUAACGGUCCUUGUCCAAAAAUCUGUCCGGGUGUUGGUAUCAUUCAUUCGGGAAAUAUUGAUACAUUCCGUGGAUGUACAAUUAUAGAAGGAAACCUUGAAAUUUUGGAUCAAACAUUUAACGAUUAUCAACAGGUUUUUGCCAAUUUAUCAUUUGGCGAACGAUACAUUAAAAUGCACCCGGAUCGUUUGGAGGUGUUUUCAACAUUGCGUGAAGUUACCGGCUAUAUAAACAUUCAAGCCGAUCACACUCAUUUCACAAAUUUAUCAUAUUUUCGAAAUCUCGAAAUUAUUGGUGGUCGUCAAUUACUCGAUACAUCCUUUGCGUCGCUUUAUAUUGUCAAAACCAAUUUGAAAUCAUUGGAGUUACGUUCAUUAAAACAAAUUAAUUCGGGAGCCGUUGUGAUAUUAGACAACAAAAAUCUUUGCUUUGCCGGCGAUAUUGCCUGGAAGAAAAUAAAAAAGGUAGACAAUCAUGAAUCGGUGAUUUCCAACAAUCGCGAACAAAUGGAUUGUAAACUCGAUGGCCUGUUUUGUUCAGACGAAUGUACAGAUGCUGGAUGCUGGGGAGCUGGACUUGACCAAUGCUUGGAACAAAAACGCAAACCAAAUGAUGUAAAAACUCUAUUACCUGUAUCCGAUGGAUCCGAUAAACCCAGUAAUCCAAUAAUCCAAACCGAUGAAUCCAAUGAAGUCGUAAUACAGCUACCAAAUACAAACAUAACAAUCACUACAAAAGGGGACAACAAACCAAUUAUUAACAUUUUCAUCAAUAAUAAUCUAUCAUAUUCUGCAAGUGAUAACAACAAUCAAAGCCAAAAGGUUAAAUUAACAAAGUGUCCGUCAUAAUAUGCACCCAUUAGUAUUUCAAGUAAAAGAACCUGUGGCAAAUGUCAUACUAACUGUCAAAUUCAAAUACAUUUUAUCAUGAGAAGGAAAGAGACAAACAUAUGGAGUGACACAUCCAGAAGAUCCAUUCAAUGAUGAUAGGUUUAUUCAACUAUUUCGCUCUGAUGAAUGAUUUGGAUUGGUGUGCUGAAUUUUGUCUUUUUUUACUUCUAUUGCAACUACUAUUUUAAAUUAACCGAGUGUGAAAAAGAUAACUUGGUAAUUUCUAAUAUUCAAAAUAACUAUCGAGAAAAUUCAAUUAUUAAAAGUUACCGGUUUUUAGUAAAUUCAAGUUGAUAAUAAAAAAAACCAUUCGUUCAGAGUUUGGUAAAUAUAA